AUGGGUGAGUCCGCUAUCGCUGUAAAGUUUUCUUCUUCUUCCGCAUUUAGUCCAUUGCUGCUUCUGGGUGUUGAUUUCUUGACUGGAGGGGGAUUGGCAAAUUCCAGGCAUCUCUCGGGAUUCUAUGCACAAGAGGCGCGCCACUGGAGGCAAGAAGAAGGCCUGGAGGAAGAAGCGAAAGUAGGGAAAAACUUUCAAUCCUGGUUCCUAUGCCAAUAUACUUGUUCCCUCUCUUUUGCUAUGUUCACUUAUUCUGAUGCAUCUUAUGUUUCACCGUCUUGCAUUAUCAAUCGGUUUUUCUGUUGGAUCGCGCCAUCAAUAUCUUCUUAUCCAAGUGGGGAGCUAAUUCUUCAUUUAGUUGCCUGGAUUAUCCGCAUUUUUUUUCGGCGCUGUAUGCUCUUUUAGAUUGCUUUAAGAUCCUGCUUCUGAAUCCGUUUCGGUGGAUAGGUACGAGCUGGGUCGUCAGCCGGCGAACACGAAGCUGUCCAGCAACAAGACAGUAAGGAGGGUGCGCGUGCGAGGAGGAAACGUCAAGUGGAGGGCUCUCAGGCUUGACACUGGCAACUACUCCUGGGGCAGCGAGGCCGUCACCCGCAAGACCCGUAUCCUCGAUGUGGUCUACAAUGCCUCUAACAACGAGCUUGUCCGCACCCAGACGCUCGUUAAGAGUGCCAUAGUUCAGGUUGAUGCCGCCCCAUUCAAGCAGUGGUACCUCCAGCACUAUGGCAUUGACAUUGGCCGCAAGAAGAAGCAACAAGCUGCUGCUGUUGCGGCAAAGAAGGAAGGCGAGGUGUGUUUUGGACGAUAUCAUGCAUUUGUGUGACAUUUAUUUCGCUAUCUCUUCGUUCAAAGUUAUGCGCUUCAUUUUAUGCUGUAAUUAUUAUUAGUCUUAGUAUUAUUAUCUUCUAGAUCUUUAUCUUUACGUUGGUAAUAUAAGUAUGUCACAUGUGUAGAUGGCCCAUUCUAUUUUUAUGGUGAUGGGAAAAUGAGGAAACUCUGUACUAGAAUAAAUAUGGACUUGUAGUCGAAUUUGGUGCUGACUGUUAAUUACGAGCCUUGUUUGAUGCUCUAUUUUAAUAAUACCUUGUUCUUCAGAUGACCAUUCAUUCUGUCAUCUUCUCUGUUCCUUCGUGCAUCUAAAACUUUAUCUCUCAAAAUCUAGUUAAUUUACCGAUCAAACACUUUGAGGUGAAGUGUCAUGUUGGGACCUCCAGAUGAAUGUUGCUAUACGAUGGAACUGUUAGUGAUUGUCAGGGACGACUAAAAGGAGAAAAGGGCUACAAAGAAGAGGGCUCUUUCUAUGCUUAUAAUUUAUGCCUUGACCUUCUGAAUCCCGCUGCUGAGCGAUUGAAGAGUACACAGCUGCAAGUAGCCCUAAAUGUGUUCUGAAAGGCGGCUUGGUGUUUUUUACAAGACGUUUCAUCAUUUUACAAUUCUCCUGGAGCAUUUGAAGGGCCUAAACCCUGAACCCAGAAACCCGGAACCCUUUUGGCUUCUUGGGCACAUUAUUAAGGUCUGAGGAGCUUAUCUGUGUGGCAGGAAGGUGAAGGGGCAACUGAGGAAGCAAAGAAGAGCAACCAUGUCACCAGGAAGCUGGAGAAGCGCCAGCAAAGUCGCACACUCGAUGCACAUAUUGAGGAGCAAUUUGGCAGCGGCAGAUUGCUUGCUGCAAUCUCAUCCAGGCCUGGCCAGUGCGGAAGAGCUGAUGGGUAUGCCAUUUUUUAGAAAUUCCCUUUCUGGAUAUAUCUAGUUCUUAUUUUUCUCAUGAAAGUAGAGUCCUUAAAGGAUACUUAAAUGACUUUUUUUCCCCUUUGUGGCCAGAAAUUAAUAUUUUAAAAUAUCUCUGUUUGUUGAUACAUAUUUCUUUUUUCUCCUCUUUUGAAAGUAAAGUAGUGCACUAUUUUUUGUGGGUGUUAUUGUUGGAGGAUUUUCUCCCAUAAACGUUAAAUAAUUUUCCUUUUUGGAGUUAAUGCUUCCUCUCUUAUUGUCACAAUUAAGUAGUGAGUCGUUUUAUGAGGUUUAAAUGACCAGACUUUUCAUGGAUAUUAUGGGAGAAAAUAUAAUGCUAGUAAAAUCUUGAUUCUUACUAUCGUAUCAAUUAUAAUGGUUUCCAAAAGGGAUAAAAUAAUGAUUUUUGACUAAGUUUCUGAAUUUAUUAAGCUCAACAUUUUAUUUUGUUGAUUGAAAGCCAUGAUGAGAAUGAAUCUGAUUUUUAAUCUCUAAAAAGUUCCCAUUACUCAACCCGAAUUGCUGCGGAUUCGUGCUUCGAAGUAGUAUUCCCAUAAACUAGAUUCAAUUGAAUGAUCUGUGCUAAAGUUGAAAUACAUUAUUCUUGUUGCCGAAUUAAGGUUACCCUCAAUAUUUUUGACAGCUAUAUAUUGGAGGGGAAAGAGUUGGACUUCUACAUGAAGAAGCUUCAGAGGAAGAAAGGGAAGGGUGCUGCUGCUUGA